AUGCCUCGAACGAGGGCCGAAGUUCUGUUGGAUAUGUACGGGCACUCGAAGGGAGGGAUUUCUCGUGCGUACGUGAUAUGCGUGGCUGGAAUGGCAGAAAAGUUGCGCGAGGCGGCCGCACGUGGCGACGUUGCCCGGGUUGCUCGUCUCCUCGACGAAGAUAUUAAACUUUUACCUGACGAGAAUGGGAAGAGUCCUCUUCAACUGGCAGCUGCGGGCGGCCAUGUGGACGUAUGCGAGGCUUUGCUUCUUCGAGAAAUCGACGUCAACGCUGCAGACAAUACUGGCAUCACAGCUUUGCAAAAGGCAGCUUCGGAAGGCCACUUGGAGGUAGUCCAAUUGCUGCUGAAGCAUAAUUCAGACAUCGCUCGCCAAGACAAUGUGCAUGGAAAUUCAGCGCUGCACGAAGCGUCCUGGCGCGGGUACAGCCGAACCGUGGCCGCCCUGGCGAAGGCCCUCGGGACACAACGUGCCCCUCUGCACGCGAGGAAUCUCGCCGGAUUCGCGCCGCUUCACCUCGCCUGCCAAAACGGGCACAACCAAAGCUGCCGCGAACUCCUCCUGGCGGGGUGCAAUCCUGACCUUCAAAACAACUAUGGAGAUACGCCUCUUCACACAUCAGCACGAUAUGGACACGCUGGUGUCACCCGCAUCCUAAUAUCUGCUCUCUGUCGAGUAUCGGAUCAGAAUAAAAACGGCGACACGGCGUUGCACAUCGCGGCGGCGAUGGGUCGUCGAAAACUGACGAGGAUCCUGCUGGAGGCAGGCUGCGACCGUAGUCUGCGUAACAAGCAAGGCGAGACCGCGAAGGACAUAGCCAGACGCAAGAACCUGACGGAGAUACUGGAGAUAAUCGGGAAAGCGCGAAGCAAGAGCAGAACGCGUAGCAAGAGCCGGGAGGAGGACGUAGCGGCACCCGGGUCCGCGACGGUCGUCGUCGCCGCGGACAAGGUCGACGGGAAGAGCAACAAGAGCGAGAAGAAGCGAGAGAAGACUGGUAGUGGUACCAGCGGCAGCAGGGACAGUUGCACGAAGAAGGAGAAAAAGAAGCACAAAUCGUCCGACAAGCAGAACAAGGUCCACUUCGAGAAGGCCGUGAUGGGUAGACAGUGGUCGCCGUACGGCUGCCACUAUUAUCCCGAUCCGGAAGCGUUUCCCCAGCCGCGUUUGGACUCGCUGCCGCCGGAUCCGCUGGGCCGUGGCGAGCAGUACUACCUGGACCUGGCUGGAAACAUCAGAAAAGGACCGGUGGGUGUGGGUUACACCUGCUACUGCGCCCCGUUCUUCAGGCACAUGGAGGCCAAGCUGGAGAGGGACAAGGCCGAAUUGAAGGCCCACAUCGAUCAGGCCCACGAGAGGCUGGACCUGAAGGUGGCCAAUCUCGAGAGGCGAACCAGGGGACAGAUCUCGGAGCUGACCAGAUGCGUGGCGGCGGAGAGGUCCAGGUGCGACGAGAGGCACACGCACCUACAGCAACGUCUGGCGCGCGGCGGCAGAGGCAGGCACAGCGAACGACCGGCCAAGGCGACGUUCGCCAGCGAUCAGCCGUUCCCACCGGCCCGCGCCAGGUCCUUGGAGGAUUUGCUGGACGACAGACCGCACGACAGGAGCUUCGAGAUCCCGGGCGAGACGCCUAUACACCGCGGCAGCCUGGACGAUCUCGACAUACCGGCCAUACCGAGGCUGAGCAAAUCCAUGAGGGACCUACCGUCCGGUUCCGGUGUCUCGAGGUCAACGCUGAGGGUGCUCGACGUGCCUGCCAGGCUGAACGAGACGUUCGACGGGGUGAUCAAGCAGGAUCGCAGCUCGCCCCUCGGGGCAGCCUCCUCGCCGUCGAUAGGGUCCAGGCAACAGGUCCAUCAGCAACGCGUGAGUGAUCUUUCGUCUCGGGAUCUGAUGAACUCCUGCCAAGAGGAGAGUAACGCGACGCGGAAGAACGACGAGAACUCGAACGAAUGGAGAUCGUCCGGGCGACGCAGCGUUCACGAAAUGAUCAAGAGAUUUCAACAAGUACCUGGCAUGCAUAACGGUUGGCGAGGUACGCGUUCGGGAAGCAGCGAGCCGACCAGCCCCGAGCACAGUCAGUGUUCCCAAAAUCAAAGGGUUCAGCCGCAGGGCGGCGUAGGAAACGGUUGGCACGGCGAAGGUAACGACAGUGAGAGUAGCGAGGGAGACGACGACGAGCAACCGGAAGCACUUAGCGGAGGGAUCUCUGGGAAAGGAGUGAUAUCGGAGCACGUACAUUACGGCAGCAUAGCCAGAAUGCCAUAUAGGUCCCGUAAUGCGGUUUAUAGCCCGACACCGCCUUUGCAUGAUGCGCACAAUGAUUCAGGAUACAGUACCCGCAUGUAUGGUUCCAGUAAAGGUGCUUCACCUUCGUUAUCAGGUCAAUUGGAAUGCGACGUGAUUCUUCCAACCACACCAAACACGUUUCCCAGCGGCGAACAACUGGCUGCACUGUUAGAACAACCCAGGAACCAUGAUCUCACGGUCUACGAACGCGGUGCCGACAACGUUGUCAUUAACAUCGGAACCGCGAGUCUCGUUUAAGAGAUACUUCCAAAGACAUCGACUUUACUUGAUUCCACGAUACCUACUCAGGUGUUUAUACAGUAUGUUCGGCCAUCCCUGGGAAAAAUUUUAAUGGGAGAUU